GAAGGUGGAGAUGAUUGUGGCAAGUGGUUGCCGAAGCUCGUCUCGCGGCUGAUUGCGGAAGAAGAUGCUGCAACAGGACACGUGCAGAUCCUCUGUGCUGCAAGACUUGGGCUGCCCCAAGUCGCGCCUCCUGCAAGUGGGAAGGGCGCCGGCCAGCGGCGGAUGUUUGAUGGAUUUCAUUUGGAAGAGCUUACGGUCGAGCAGCUCGCGAUGCAGCACUACUUCUCCUCCGAAGGAGGUGCAUUUCAGUGUGGAAUCCACUGCGAGGGGUCCAUACUGAGAGACUUGUUUGGCAUCCUGAUGUUCGACGAGCUGUUUGAUUGCUCUGUGGCGGAUGCCUUCGUGUCCUCCUUUCAGGAUGCACCACUGGACUUGGGAACCGAAGCAUUUUAUCCUUCCAGAGUUUCGAGCAUUGAGCGGCGGUUGGCCAAGCUUGCAUCGAUGACUCACAGUGAAGUCGCAGACGACGUGCGCGCAAGAUUCGCAAAACUGUACGGCUGUCGAGUGCGUGGGGUUCGAUGGGAUCGGUACGAGGGGCAGAGCGGUGUUUUCCUGCAGAUUCAGGGCACAGCCGGCCUGGACGCGACACCUGGAAAGAGCGACACAGACGAAACCGGGGAUGAUGCGGGCAAAGUGCAGAGUCAGAGCGGCAAAGUCCGACGGGUCCUUUGCACGUCUCUUCCCAGUGGAGAGGUGGCCUCGGAGGACAGAGAUCUGCCGAGCGCUGCUGGCGCAAUCGGAGGGAAGGCCCUUGCUGCGGCGCUGCGGCUGCUUUGCGAGGAUUAUAACUCGGCCGGGCUGCCUGACUUGCUGCUUUGGUCCUGGCACCUGGGCAGCGCACCUCGUGCCCGCUUCGUGGAGGUGAAGAGCGAGCGUGACAACCUCGCCAGGAGGCAGCGCUUAUGGCUCGCAACCUUGCGGGGUGCAGGAGCUCAAGCGGAGGUGUGCCAUGUGCGCGAUGGACGAGUACAGGAGCACGAGACAAGCCGACUGUCGUCCACCCGUGGGCCCCGUCGAAGACGAUCAAAGGAUCAAAGUGAAAGCAGUGAGGGGUUUUGA